AUGGCUAUCUGUAAGUGGUUUGGUUAUCCGGAUUUUUUUAUAACCAUCACUUGCAAUCCAAAGUGGCCUGAGGUUAAAAGGUUUCUUAGAGACACAAAUCUUAAACCUGAAGAUAGGCCCGAUGUACUGAGCAGAUUGUUUAAAAUAAAGUUGGAUUCAAUUUGCAAAGAUUUUAAAGAACGCCAUCUAUUUGGAAAAGUUGCAGCAGUUGUUUACACAAUCGAGUUUCAAAAGAGAGGAUUGCGUCAUGCCCACCUAUGCUUAUUCUUGGAAAAUGAAUCCAAACUUCCGACGGUAGACCAUGUUGAUCCAUUUAUAACUGAAGAAAUCCCUGAUGAAGAUGAAGAUGCAGAAUUAUAUGCGCUUGUGAAAGACUGUAUGAUUCAUGGUCCAUGUGGUAACGCUAAUUUAAGUUGUCCAUGUAUGGUUGACAAUAAGUGUUCGAAGGGUUUUCCAAAGAAAUUUCAAGAUCAUACUACACUGGAUUCAAAAGGAUUCCCAAUAUACAGAAGAAGAGAUAAUGGUGCUUCUGUAGUAAAAAAUGGAAUCGACUUAGACAACCGAAGUGUUGUGCCAUACAACAAAAAACUUUUGAAACGGUACCAGGCACAUAUAAAUGUUGAGUGGUGCAAUCAAGCCGGAUCAAUUAAAUAUUUGUUUAAAUAUAUAAAUAAAGGUCCUGAUAGAGCAACCGUUGCUGUUGUCCAACAUGAUAAUAACAAUGAAGAACUAGAACAGGACGAGGUCAAAGAAUAUUAUGAUUGUAGGUAUCUCUCAGCUUGUGAGGCAUCUUGGAGGAUCUUCGCCUACGAUGUGCAUUACAGGACUCCUUCUGUUAUAAGGCUGCCUUUCCAUCUUCCCGGAAAACAACCUGUUGUUUUUGGACCCGACGAGGAUAUUAAUCAAGUCCUUAACAAACCAUCUGUCAAAGCAUCAAUGUUUCUUUCCUGGAUGGAACGUAACAAAGACCCGAAUGACACAGUGGCCCGUACACUUACAUAUGUUCAGUUUCCAAGUUGGUAUGUAUGGAAGCUUGAUAAACGUUGUUGGGAACCUAGACAAAGACAUAAGUCAAUUGGGAGAAUUCACGCUAUAAGUCCGUCUCUUGGGGAAGCCUAUUUUUUAAGAAUUCUUCUUAACAAAGUGAAAGGACCAAAAUCUUUUGAUGAUAUUAAAACAGUUGAUGGUAAGGUAUAUGAUACAUUUAGAGAUGCAUGUUAUGCACUCGGUCUUUUGGACGAUGACACAGAAUACAUUGAGGCAAUCAAGGAAGCAAAUGAAACAGGAUCCCCUUCGUAUCUUCGUAAUUUAUUUACUACUUUGCUAUUAACAAAUACAUUAUCCAGACCAGAGGUUGUAUGGGAAAGCACAUGGAGAUACAUGACAGACAACUUUAUCUACAAACUUAGAAAAUAUCAUCGAGUUCCAGCUUUAUCAAUUCCAGAUGAGCAGCUUAAAAACUAUGUUUUGAGUGAAGUUGAAAAAUUCUUAGCUAGAAACAACUCAUCACUCAAAAGAUUUGAGACAAUGCUGUACCCAGAUAAUGCGUCUAUGUCUGAUUCAGACAAUCGUUUGAUUAACGAGGAGCGUAUCUACGACAAAACCAAUCUUGAAAUUGAAUUUAAUAAUCAACUGAAUUUGCUAACUGAGGAGCAACGAUCAAAAGGUCAAAUUUUAUUAAACGUUGCUUCCAGUGGGAUCGCGUCGUUGUUAUUGUCUGAUGGCAGGACCGCACAUUCCAGGUUUCGUAUUCCAUUGAAUCUUGCAGAGGAUUCAGUUUGUAAUAUAAAACCUGAUGGAGAUGUAGCUAGACUACUACAUGAAACAAACUUGAUUAUAUGGGAUGAAGCGCCUAUGGUCCAUAAGCAUGCAUUCGAAGCGUUGGAUAGAACAAUGAACGACAUUUCAAUAUCGACACUUCCAACAGAUCAAAUAUCCGCUUUGGAGGAAAGCCAGUUUUCACCCACGGUCAGCUGUAUGUUGCUUUAUCGAGAGUUAAAACCAGACAAGGAGUUAAACUUCUGA